ACAGCGGUGCGGACUGAUACGUUUUGUGUGCUGCGGCUUAUUAAAUAUAUGAUAAAUAGUCAGUUUUUCUGCGUGAGAAAUACAAUGUGUGUCGGGAGAGCGUGACAAAAGACCGAAAUGCGUGACUGUCACGCUCAAUGCGCUCAAUGCGCUCAAUGCGUGACACUUGACAGCUCUGUAUUUGUUUUUCUUUUUUCUAUUUUCGUUCUGAGAAGAAACGGACGUGACGUCACGCACCACAACAAGGAAGUGGCGUUUGCAAACUUUUCGAUUAUUCCGACGUUACUUGCGUUUUAAAAGGUUUCUAGAAAUGUUUUUCAGGAAAUAAUAUACAAAUAUAUAGCCUUAAUAGAGAAAUCUACAGCUGCAGUAUUUGGAUGUUAGGCUUAGGCAGAAUGGAGGAGAGAAAGAUGAAACGAAAAAGUCCAAGACCUUCAACCAACCAGGUUGCUCCUCCAAUCGCUGUCCGAAAGAACCUCAACUCCGGCAGGACUUUAGGGUUCACUGGCACUGGCACCGGCACUGGCACCGGCACUGGCACGCGUUCACAACAGAAGACCAAAUUACGCAGAGGUGUGAAAGAUAAGCCGAAGCUACAGAGUCAGUUAAGUAACCAGGCUGGAUCUAAACAGCAUUCAUUCCUCACAGACGUGUCUGAUGUGCAGGAGAUGGAGAAAGGUUUGCUUAGCCUCCUCAAUGACUUCCACUCUGGAAAACUUCAGGCCUUUGGUAAUGAAUGUUCUAUUGAUAAAAUGGAGCAUGUUCGAGAAAUGCAGGAGAAACUGGCUCGAUUGCACUUUGACCUGAAUGCAGAAGUGGAUGACAUGCCUGUGGACCAGCGCAAGCUUGCCUGUGAUACCAAUAUGGACAAACUUCUACUGAAUUUGGAAGAGUUGAGUUCUUCAAUACAAAAGCUAAACCUGGCUGAUAACCAAGAUGCCCCAAAAUCAUCCUCCAACAUAUGAAAUGUUGUGGUCCUUCUGGCCAUCACAGAGCUGUUCCAACAUCUGUUACAGAGAAACAGCAUAUCAACCAGUAUUGUUGCAUUUGUGAACUCCAUGAACAGUCUUAAAUGCCACAUAACCCAAUAUUUUAUUACAUUUUCAACUAAUGUCUUACCUAUAAGACUUUAUGACCAGACUAUUUCUGUAUUUUUCAUAAAUCAGAAUGUUGGAUCUUAAAUAUUGCCUUAUAGCUGUGCAAUACGAGAACAUUUGCAAUAUGCAUAUCGCUAUUCACUUUAUUUAAUAACUAUAUUUCUUAUUUUUUUUAUUUCUUUCAUAAAGAUUUUAAAUAUUUUAAUUGAACACUGUGUUUUGACAUUGUUAACAGAAAGGCAAGAGUUUGGGAGCUCUGUUGUUUUUAGUAAAGCCAAGGAGUAUUCGCCUUAAUGCAAUGUUUGAGAGUAUGCAGAGGACCAGGUUGUGUGACUCGGACCGCUUGGUAAAAUAAUUUUUAAAUAUAACAGUCUAUUCUACAAAUGUAUUUUAUUUAAAAGUGGAGAGGUCUUCAUUUCUAAUAUAAUCGGUUGAAUUCUGGUGGUUUGUGUGUUGGUUUUCUUGAUGUCAUCAAUAAAGUUUAGUUACUUCUAAUUAA